CAUGUUUGCCGGUAUCAUUUCUUUGCAGUGCUGCGUAGAUAUGUCUAAUUCUAAAUAUAUAUUAUAUAUCAUCAUCCCUCAGAAUUUUUCCUGGAUUUACUGAAGUUGUAAUUUCCUUUAAUAUGUCAUCUUUGUGAUCAUGAUAUCCUCUGUUCGAAUACGGCAACGUUCAUGCGUACGCAAUCCGGAAGAGUGCAGCCGGGGACGUGUUCAAGAAAAAUAGAGUCGAUUCACUGCUCAAUCUUAAUGUUUACACAAUGGCCUCGUUAGGAAUAAUAUAAAAUAAGUAACGUAUCUUAUUUUCAACAAGUCUUUUCCCCAUAACCACAAACAUGAAUACAAUUUUUGCAGUACUUCUUGUUUUUGUUGGGUGCUGCAGCAAUGUUGUGUUUCUGGAGCUGCUUGUAAGAGAGUUCCCAGGAUGUGGCAACAUAGUGACCUUCGCUCAAUUUGCCUUUAUUGCAUUGGAGGGGUUCGUCUUCGAGACCAACUUCGGAAGGAAGAAACCGGCUAUCCCUAUAAGCAACUAUGUGAUCAUGGUAACCAUGUUCUUCACUGUCAGUGUGAUCAACAACUAUGCCCUCAACUUCAACAUCGCCAUGCCUUUGCACAUGAUCUUCAGAUCUGGAUCCUUAAUAGCUAAUAUGAUCUUGGGUAUAGUAAUUCUGAAGAAAAGGUACUCAAUGAGUAAAUAUCUGUCCAUAGUGAUGGUGUCUCUGGGUAUCUUCAUAUGUACCAUCAUGUCAGCUAGACAAGUGAAAACUGUAUCUGAGGGAUCUGAAGAGCAAGACGUCCAUGCCUUCUUGCACUGGCUGUUGGGUAUCGCCAUGUUGACCUUUGCUCUGCUUAUGUCUGCGAGAAUGGGCAUAUUCCAGGAGACCCUGUAUAAGAAGUAUGGCAAGCACUCCAAAGAGGCACUCUUCUACAAUCAUUGCCUGCCCCUGCCCGGGUUCCUGCUGCUCUCCUCUGACAUCUACAACCACGGGGUCCUCUUCAGUCAAAGCACUCCGGUAGAUGUUCCGGUGAUUGGCCAGGCAGUUCCAAUCAUGUGGCUGUACCUACUGAUGAAUGUCAUCACACAAUACCUGUGCAUCCGAGGCGUCUUCAUCCUGACGACAGAGUGCGCCUCUCUCACGGUAACCCUGGUAGUAACACUGAGGAAGUUCAUGAGCCUCAUCAUCUCCAUCCUCUACUUCAACAACCCCUUCACUGCCUGGCACUGGCUGGGCACUGCUGUCGUCUUCCUGGGCACCCUGAUCUACACGGAGGUCUGGACUAGCGUCCGCGGCGCUCUGAGGGGGACAGCAGAACUGAAGGACAAAAAAUCGGAGUAAUACUUCCAUUGCAAAGAAGACGGACUGAUAUGCAGCUAGACGCAUCACUGGACGACUCUUUCCAGGUUAACCUUUUCUCGGUUGCUUGCAUCCUCUUUCACCUCAUUUAUAUAAUGCCUUAGAGUUUAAAGUAAGGAAAGGGUCUUCCCCUUCAGGAUGGUUGAGAAUGAGCGUAGGAGAGAGGAUGCAAUGAAUACAGUGAAAACAAACAGACACAGAGCCAUUGUGACAACUGAGGGCAUCGGGUUGCACUGUUGUGUCCUUCAGUAGUUUUUAUAUGCUUGAGAAAUAACUGCAGAAAACAUGCCUUUCUGUAAGAUUUUAAAAACACUUAGUCUUAUACAAACUCUAGGCUACAUUGUUGUUUAACAUUUAACUGUUUUGGUCAUUUUGUUUGGUGAACUGUAUUUAUUUUUUGGGGGUAUUUAAUUAAAUAAGAGUUAAGGGUUACACAGAGUUGUGAAUGUUGUGAAUUUGGGAACAUGUCAUUAAAAGGUAAUAUAAUUUCAAUGAUGAUGUACACCAUAAUAACGAUUAUUCUGUUAUAUGGGUAAAGCCUUUUAAUGUAAACCUCAGAGAGACAUGGUUUAUUACCAGAUAAAUAGUUAAAUAGUCAUUGAUAUUAUACAAAAUUGGGUAUUGGUCAAAGAAAAGUAAAAUCAAAUUAAUUAGUUAGCAUUAGUUUCAAUAACUUACAGCUACUGUGGUUCUUGUUCAUUUUGCUGUUGUUGUUUCGUAAUUCCUCAGCAAGAUAUUUGUCCUAUCAGAAUAGAACCUGUCAGGUCCAGUAUCUGUGGCAUGAAGCCCCUUGUGUAAAAAAAUAAAAUAAAUUAUAACAUUCAUA